UCGAGUGGAUUAACUCCAUUCGACGCCCUUUGAUUGACGAGGUCAAGGGAAAUUCCCCCUCCAACGAAUUUUGCAGCCAUAAAAAGCUGCUAUACUUGACCCCUCAUAUUUCCCUGAUCACAUUUCUCACCAACUUACACCACCACCCACUUUUGACGACUGAAAGCAGGCCCCCAACUCAACAACGCGCUCGCGACUUACAGGCUUCAUGUCGGAAUGGGUUCAAAGACACCCGAAGAUCAGAUUCCUGGAGGCAAUGGCGGGCCCACUUCGUCCGGCAUUUCCUCCGGCGGAGAGCCGCGCGGCGUGCACCUCACCCGUGACGGGGACGGCAGCCUCGGCGGCGGAGGCGAUGACGAUGGCGAUGAUGAUGACGAAGAUGAAGUUGUCGCUGGCUCCAGAUCGCUGAAGAAUGCUGCAGCAGCAGACGAUGACAAUGAUGAUGAUGGACCCAGGAAGAAGAAACGAAAGCCUAGAAAGAAGAAGAAGAAGAAGGCUUCCGCCGGCGCGACUGCUAUGGAGCAAUCUGACCCUCCGAGGGUGCCGCUGAGCGACCUCUUCCCUUCGGGCUCGUACCCGGCUGGUGAGGCGCAGGCUUACACCAAGGCCCGGGAUGCGGAGAAAGGUGCGGGCUUGGAUAUGAAUACCGCGCGCACGACGGCUGCGGAGUUACGGUACCAGUCACGCCCGCACCUCGAGGACCCGAGCCUCCUGAACGACUACCGCAAGGCCGCCGAGGUUCAUCGGCAAGUUCGGCAGUGGGUUCAGGAUACGGUGAAGCCCGGUAAGCAGACUCUGCUCGAGAUUGCUACGGGGAUCGAGGACGGGGUGAGGAGUUUGCUGGGGAAUCAGGGGUUGGUGGCGGGUGAUGCGUUGAAGGCUGGGAUGGGGUUCCCUACGGGACUUUGUCUUAACCAUGAGGUAGCGCAUUACACGCCGAACCCGGGGCAGAAGGAUGUGGUGCUGAAGUAUGAGGAUGUGAUGAAGGUUGAUUUUGGGGUGCAUGUGAAUGGGUGGAUUGUGGAUAGUGCGUUUACGAUGAGUUUUGAUCCGGCGUGGGAUAGUUUGUUGGCUGGGGUUAGGGAUGCUACGGAGAGUGGGAUCAAGGUUUGUCUUUUCCUCUUUACAUCCUUCACUGUCCUAUUCUUUGGAGAGGAUAAGAACGCUGAUUCGUCGAUGGUGCAGACCGCUGGAAUUGACGUCCGCAUCUGCGACGUCAGCGCCGCCAUCCAGGAGACGAUGGAGAGCUACGAGGUCGAGGUCGGCGGCAAGAUGUACCCCGUCAAGCCGGUGCGCAACAUCUGCGCGCAUGAUAUUGCGCGGUACCAGAUCCAUGCGGGCAAGUCGAUUCCGUUUAUCAAGAACAAUGAUCAGACCAAAAUGGAGGAGGGUGAGAUCUUUGCAAUUGAGACGUUUGGGACGACUGGGCGUGGAAAAUUGUAUGACGAUGUUGGUAUAUAUGGGUACAAGCUGGAUUACGAUGCCCCUGCUCAGGUCAAGUUGCCCUUUGCCUCUGCGAAUCGUCUGUAUAAGUCGAUCAAAGAGCAGUUUGGAAGUAUCGUCUUUUGCCGUCGGUAUCUCGAUCGUCUGGGUUUGGAUCGGUACUUGGCCGGUCUCAAAUCUUUGGAAUCUCAUGGCAUUCUCGAUUCGUACGCACCUCUUGCGGAUAUCAAGGGGUCUCAGUCCGCGCAAUUUGAGCAUACCAUUUUACUGCGUGAGAAUAACAAGGAGAUAAUCAGUCGAGGGAGUGACUAUUGAUGAGAUGAUGAAGGACUUUACGAAGGUACAAAAUGGUAUCACAGAUUGCUUUUGUGGGCACAAGGGGUGACGUCUCAACACGUCGUUGCGGAUUAAGAUGGCCUCAACGCCACAUAACUGAGGAAAUUUGUUUCAUUUAUGCUUUUGAGUUCCUUAAAAACUCUCUCAUAUCUCCCCGCGAAGGUGUUCAACAUCCCUCUGCUUUCCCGAGUUUCAUUGAGUUAUGUUUCGAGUACUGUAUGCACUUAAGGCGAUGACUUUGGAAAUCUGACAGACAGAUCAUCGCAUACAACUUGAUUCAUGAUUCUCUUUCUCUAGAAUAAAUAAAUAAGAAUCAUACGAGGUUGAUGUUCUAAAGAUUUGUCGAGAGCUGUCGAUUUGGCCGCGUGGAG